AUGAAGGGGCUGUUUCUAUUGGUUCCUGUCCUCACGGUCCCCACACCCUCCAGCCUUUGCACCCCUCUGAAGACCAUCAACGACAGUCUGAGCCACAGGCGGCGUUAUAUGAAACACAACUUUCCUAUCAACUAUGGCAUUCGACUCCAAUCUGAGGAAAUAUUCAAACUCUCCAACAUAAGCUGGAUGAGGGUAAAUGUGGAGAGCUUAGAUGAGCUGACUCUCCAAAGACUUUGGUUCCAAAUCAAUCAAGGCAUCUUAAAAAAGCUUAUUCGAGUUAUGCCUGAGAGACACCCAUCUCGACGCUACACUGCAGAGUUAGAGACACGCUUCAAAGAUGCAGAAGGUGUCUUCGUCCAAGCGUAUCCUGCUGAGGUGUUCCAGCGGGAGCUUCCAGAAUCGGUCCAAGACAUUUGGGAUCAGUUAACCGAGGAGCCAGAAAAGGUGUCCAGCUGGAGAUAUGCCACUCCUAAGUCCCUCAUGGACAACCUGUGCCACACUAUGCAUUGUCUCUUCAGCCAAUGCUUUACAACGCAAGCACAGCAUGACUAUUGUGGCACAACCCAUUGGAGGAAAGGCAGGAAGAACAAGAAAAUGCAACUAGAAGCUGGGAAGAAACCAUGGAGGUGA